CCGAGGUUCUGGUCAGUGUCAUGUUAUGCACAGUGUGAACUCUGUAUAGCACGUUUCCAGCCGUAUCGCCUCAAUUUUGGUAUUUUGCUCUUUUAUGAUGUCACAAAAUCAAAUUCAACUUCAUUUUUUGUUCCCCUUUAUAAACAGGUAGAUCACAGGACGAUGAAAAGAAUACAGACCAAUCAUGGCGGGAAGUUUAUCCCCGAACAACGUCCCUGGUCAUCAUUACUCAAAACAGCACGAUGAAGAUCCUCACAACGGUCUUAAACAUGGGGAGGAAGUGAACGACAGUCCAAUCGAGCAAGUCCGGCUGACGGUUCCGAUCACCGAUGACCCAACCUUGCCGGCGCUGACGUUCCGCACAUGGGUCCUGGGGAUUAGUUCCUGCGUGUUCUUGGCUUUCCUCAACCAGUUUUUCGGCUACCGUUCCAAUGCUCUGUCCAUCACCUCUGUUUCGGCUCAGAUUCUGGUCCUGCCGCUGGGGAAGCUGAUGGCUGCCUCGCUUCCAGAAACCAGGAUCAAACUGCCCUUCACGCGCUGGUCGUUUUCGCUGAAUCCAGGACCCUUCAAUUUGAAAGAGCACGUGCUGAUCACCAUUUUCGCCAACUGUGGAGCCGGUGGGAUUCUGGCGCUCGGUAUUGUUACUGCCGUCAAGGCGUUUUACCACAGAAAGAUUCAUAUCAUGGCCGCUUUGCUCCUCGUCCAGACCACUCAGUUACUUGGGUAUGGAUGGGCUGGAAUGUUCAGAAAAUUCCUGGUGGAUUCACCUCACAUGUGGUGGCCUUCAAACCUCGUCCAAGUCUCUCUUUUCAGGGCGCUACAUGACAAGGAGAAGAGAUCAUCAGGAGGGCAAACCAGGCUGCAGUUCUUCACCCUCGUGUUCGUGUCGAGCUUCGCUUACUACAUAGUUCCAAGCUACUUAUUCCCUUCGAUCUCGACGCUUUCAUUCAUGUGCUGGAUAUGGAAGAACUCCAUCACUCCUCAGCAGAUCGGGUCGGGGCUGAACGGGCUCGGGAUUGGCUCGUUCGGUCUCGAUUGGUCGACUGUGGCUGGGUUCCUGGGGAGUCCUCUGGCUACUCCACUGUUUGCCAUCCUCAAUACAAUGGCGGGGUUCUUCCUGUUCGUUUAUGUCAUCCUUCCAAUUGCAUACUGGAACAACGCAUUCAGCUCCAGGAGGUUCCCCAUGAUUUCUCAGCAGACGUUUGACAGUUCUGGACAAUUGUACAACAUUACCAGGAUUAUCAACGAGAGGGAGUUCGACAUCAACCUCGGCGAAUACGAAAGUUACAGCAAGCUCUAUCUCAGCGUCACUUUUGCUUUUGUGUAUGGGUUCAGUUUUGCAUCUCUGGUCUCGUCGAUUACACAUGUUGCGCUCUUUGAUGGGAAAUCAAUUUGGGACCUGUGGAAGAAGACUUCAGCAGGAAGCAAAGAGCAAGACACAGAUGUUCACACAAGACUGAUGAAGAAGAACUACGAAUCUGUUCCGCAAUGGUGGUUUCUAGCAAUUGCAGCAGUGUCCUUUGCACUUUCUCUGUUUACCAUUGAAGGGUUUGGUGGACAGCUGCAGCUUCCAUGGUGGGCGCUCCUUUUGGCUUGUGGGAUCUCCCUCAUCUUCACCUUGCCUAUUGGGAUAAUUCAGGCCACAACAAAUCAGCAAAUGGGCAUAAAUGUGAUCACAGAGUUGAUCAUAGGGUAUAUGUACCCUGGAAAGCCUCUGGCUAACGUGGCAUUCAAGGCAUAUGGCUACAUUAGCAUGUCACAAGCUCUGAGUUUCUUAGCAGACUUCAAAUUAGGGCACUACAUGAAAAUUCCUCCGAAAUCCAUGUUCCUGGUCCAGACAGUAGGGACGAUUGUCGCUUCAACAGUCCGUUUCGCGACAACAUGGUGGCUUCUGUCAAGCGUCCAGAACAUCUGCGACACGACGAAGCUCCCCAAGGGCAGUCCAUGGACGUGUCCAGGAGACAGCAUCUUCUACAACGCUUCGAUCAUCUGGGGAGUGAUCGGUCCUCUCAGGAUCUUCAACGUCAAGGGGAACUACGCCAAGAUGAACUGGUUCUUCAUGAUCGGCAUCCUGGCCCCGAUCCCAGUGUGGCUCCUGUCGCGCAAAUACCCCGAAAAGAAGUGGCUCCGACUGAUCCACAUGCCCAUCUUCAUAUCGGGCAUGGGCGGUCUGCUGCCCGCGAAGCCAGUUCACUACCUGUCGUGGGGAGCGGUCGGGAUUUUCUUCAACUACUACGUUUACAAGAAGUACAAGGGGUGGUGGGCUAGACAUACAUACAUUCUCUCUGCUGCAAUGGAUGCUGGUGUUGCUUUCAUGGCUGUAAUGGUGUACUUCACUCUGCAGAGCAAGAACAUCUAUGGCCCGCAGUGGUGGGGUUUGGAAGCCGAUGAUCACUGUCCUCUGGCGAAAUGCCCUACAGUUCCUGGGAUUGUUGUGCCUGGAUGCCCUGCAGUUUAUUGAUAUCACUGGAUUGGAAGAUGAAGUGCAUUGGCUGUAGUGAUCCACAUGUUGUGUAAUGUGAUUCUUUAUUGGAAAUGGGAAGUUGGAUUCUGUAUAUGGUCGACCAAAUGGUUAUAUCAUUCAAGAACAAGUUGCUCUUAGGGGUGUCAGUUCGGGUAGGGUGCGGUUACUCAAACCGAACUCGAAAAUUUGACCCGUAAUUACUGAAAAUCGAAUUCGAUAAGGAAUUUUGAUUUUUCGGUUACCCGAAACUCAAAAAUUUCUUAUCGGGUUUCGAUUCAGUUAAAGCAAAAUCGUAACCCGAAAAACCCGAACGCCUAAGAAUACGGGCUGAAUGCUAUUCCUUGAAGGUUUUUAGCUGAACCCCGAAAAAACUGAUAAGCAAAACCAAACCGAAAACCCGAAACAAAUCCGAACCCCAAACACUAACAAUUAUUAUUAUUAUUAGAAUUAUUAAGGCCUAAGUUAUUUUUACUGUUGCAUAAGUUAAAUGAGUACCGUAUCGCCAGUUCGACCAAAAAAACCUCCUACCGGAUGCGAAAUCUGUAGGCAGUAUUUAACGGUAUGAAACGUUUCAACCACGAUUUUAAUAAAAAAUAUCAUACCGCUGACUUUUCCCGUCCGAUACGAUAUUUCAAUCAUUGGUUCUUGUUUGAACCUAAUUGAGUGUAGGAGUGAGGUUCGGGAAAACGGGCCGAGAAGAGUAAGCAAUGAGAAUCUGCUGUGGAUUGAAGAACAAAGGAAAGGGAGAAUGAGACCGAGAGAGCUGUAUCUUAGAGAGAGAAGUUGGUCGUUUUUAGAGAUAGAGCCUGAAAAAUCCGAUCCCCUCACCCACCAGAGUAAAUGCCAUAUUUAUAGGCUACAUGGUGGUGGGUGAGUUACAUGGUGACAUGACUACUGACAUGUCAGAGGUUUAGACUACACCUCUACCUAGGACAAGGACAUUUAGUCCAUCAUUAUACCUAGGACUAUGAUGGUGACCACUCUUCGGGGAGCGCGGCGUCGUUUUCAUGGUUUGUUGGUCUAGUCAACGCUAGACUCAAACGUCGUCGUUCGGUGUUCGGGCCGCAGCUUUGGUCGCGUCGGUGCUAACGCGCCUGAUAGGGGUGGGCAUCGGUACGGUUCGAACCGCACCGCACCGUAUAGUUAUAAACCGCACCACGCCGCAUAUUAAUUGGACCGCACCGUAUGGUGGACCGCAAUGUAAUCGGUGCGAUUAAACCUAACCGCAUAGAUUAGCGGUUUGGUGCGGUUUAGACCGCAACCGCAAGUUGGACCGCAAAGUGCUCCCACCAAUUACGAAGUUGGAAAAAGAAUAAAAAAGAGCAGUGGAGUUGGAAAGAACAAAGAAGAGGCAUGACACUGAGAACCAGUAGUGAAAGCCUUGUAUCAGCAGCAAUGAAAACAUGCCACGGUA